AUGGCAGUCACUAACUCCUCUCAAAUCACUGAAUUCUACCUGCUGGGAUUUCAAGAACUCCAUCCACAGUAUUAUGGGGCUGUGGGGACCUUUUUGCUCUUUCUCUAUGUAAUACUGGCAGGCGGAAACAUUUUAAUCAUUUCAUUUAUUGUUUAUGAGAGAAGUCUUCAUAAACCCACUUACAUAAUCUUCUGUAAUCUAGCAGUGUGUGAUCUUUUGUUUGGAAGCGUCAUUCUGCCCAGAGCAGCUGCAAAGUAUCUUGCCAACAAUGACUAUGUGCCAUUUCAUAUAUGUUUGGUGCAGAUGUUUUUUGCUCAUUACUUAGGGACGGUUAAUUCAUUUAUUUUACUAUUAAUGGCCCUGGAUAGGUUUGUAGCAAUAUGCUACCCUCUUCAGUAUCCAGCUAUUAUCACAAACAAGCAUAUUGCAUAUGCGGGCACAGUGUGUUGGUUGUUCAUUUUAGGAUGGUUACCGCUACUUACGUACCAAACUGAAAAGCUUCCCUUUUGUACUACGAACGUAAUAAAUCAAUGUUUCUGUGAUUUCAAUUCAUUAGCUAAAAUUGGCUGUGGAGAUAAGACUGAGCUGAGGAGAAAUGCUCUAGCCGUUGCAUUGUUUGUUCUUUUAGGCCCACUAAUAUUCAUCAUAUUUUCAUACUUUGCCAUCAUCCGAUCUGUAUAUAAACUCUCAAGUGUUCAGGCCCGAUUUAAAACAUUUUCCACAUGCACCCCUCAGCUUUCAAUCAUAUGCCUUUACUUUUUGCCUAGAUGUACUGUGUAUAUAUGUGACGUAACGACUGAAAUAUCUACAGGUGUUCGGAUUAUACUUGUUAUGUGUUACAGUAUUCUCCCGCCUGUUGUUAACCCAUUGAUUUACUGUUUAAGAACUCAGGAAAUCAAGGCAGUCUUCAUGAAGAGAAUCAGAGGGAAAAAGUCAACCUUCAGCUGA